AUGCAGUCCACGGAGGUGUUUGGCGCAAACGAUCAAGCGUUCAAGAAGCCAGGUCUUGGCCCAUAUCCGAAAGCACCAUUCUCAGACGGCUCGAGAGCCACGCCUCCCCUGAAAGGCGCCGGCCUGAAAAGGGAACCAGACGACUUCACAAUUUUUGUGCGCAAGGAUGGGCCGCGUGAACCCAAAUUCGACGCUUUACCAUACGCUUCUGCGCAGACCGGCCUCAUCUAUGAUGUCCGCAUGCGUUUUCACGUCGAGUCGGAACCUGAAGAGGACCUGCAUCCUGAGGACCCUAGAAGAAUCCAUGCGAUCUUCGAAGCCUUCGUCAACGCGGGAUUGGUAUGGCGACAAUCCGAGGUCGGGCCUCCUAGCGGAUACUACAUGGGCCGUAUCGACACACGCAUGGUCACUAAGGACGAAGUCUGCUUGGUCCACACGGAGAAUCACUGGAAUUGGGUGCAGAGUUUGAGUAGGAAAGAACCAGAUGAGCUGCGUGACGAACUACAACAUCCCCCUCAUCGCCUCGACUCGGUCUACCUGUCCACCAGCACGCCAUACUGCGCUGGUUUGUCUGCUGGUGGCGCAAUCGAAGCCUGCCGAGCCAUCAUCAUGGGGAAAGUCAAGAACGUGUUUGCCGUUAUUCGUCCCCCAGGUCACCACGCGGAGAGAGAAGACGCCAAGGGCUUUUGCUUCUACGACAACGUCAGCAUCGCGACGAAAGUCUGCCAAAAAGAGUUCGGCGACAAGUGCAGAAAAGUGUUGAUCCUCGACUGGGACGUGCAUCACGGCAAUGGAAUCCAGCAGGCAAAUUACAGCGAUCCCAAUGUCCUGUACAUUUCACUGCAUGUGCACAAGAAGGGCACCUUCUAUCCGGAGAAGUCGUAUCGCGAUGACAGAGUCUCGUAUGGAGACCACCUCCACUGCGGUGAGGGCGCCGGACUGGGCAAGAAUGUCAACAUCCCGUGGUCCAAGAUGGGUAUGGGGGAUGCAGAUUACGUCUACGCCUUUCAGCAGGUCGUCAUGCCGAUUGCCACCGAGUUCAAUCCCGAUCUCGUGAUCAUCGCUGCUGGAUUCGAUGCUGCCGAGGGAGACAUGCUCGGUGGCUGCAAGGUCACGCCCGCCGGAUAUGCGCACAUGACACAUAUGCUCAUGUCACUCGCCAAAGGCAAGAUGGCCGUCUGUCUCGAAGGUGGCUAUAACCUGGACGCGAUUGCGCGUUCAUCGUGCGCGGUCGGGCGAACGAUGAUGGGAGAGCCUCCCGACCGUCUGGAAGAUCUAGCUGCAAGCAGGAGCGGUAUCGAUGAUGUGAAGCAGGUGCUUCGACAGCAGAGCAGAUUUUGGGCAUCGUUGCAUCCCAAGGACCCCGCAUCGAUGUUGCCUGGGCCUCCUGAGGGCGAGCGCAUGCACAAUGUGGUUCGAAGAUGGCAGGCGGACACAAUGUUCACCGACUACGGCAUGACUCCGCUGUAUGUUCACCGCGAGCGCUUGGCGAAGGAGUUUGAGAACCAAGUCCUGGCAACAAGGGAGUUUGGCAAGGAGCGACCUCUCCUGGUCAUCCUUCACGAUCCACCGGAGAUGAUCGCAUCGCCAGACCCUCGGACAGGCAAGGUCGAGCUUCACAAUACUUGGCUGACUGAUUUCGUAAAGACGUACGUCGAUGAGGCUAUCAAGCACAAGUUUGGAGUCAUCGAUGUCAAUCUCCCCAAGCACAUCGCCGAGUACGACUCCACCAACCAGGAACACAAGGAGAGCGAGUCUACAGAAGCCCGAAUCGCCGAGGCGACGGAGCUUUUGACGUACGUGUGGGAGAACUACAUCGAGCUCGAUGACCCUACGCACGUGUUCCUGAUGGGCACAAACACCGGCCAUGGAGCAAUCCUCAACUUCAUCAAGCGUCAUGAAGAUCGCGCGCAAAAGAUGAUUACGAAAGCCAUCUCAUUUGUGGAAGACGUUCCGCUCAUGUCCUGCAAGUCGCCCACCAACGACUACCUGCCCGGCUGGUACUACGCCACAUCUCUCGUGUUUGUGGCCGAUCAACACAACUACUUCGAGACCGAAUACUACAGAAAGCCAAAAAAGCGUUUCGGGAGAGUGAUCCGGAGUCAAGAGCUGUGCAUCAGCGACAUGCUCAAGGAGCAGCGGAAAGCCGUUUUCGACUGCCUGCUUACGGAGACUGAGGAGUGGAGAAGAACAGCGCCGAUGGAGGUUGUGGAAGCAGAACCGCAAGUCCUCAGUCCAAGCAGGCUGCCGCCUGUUGGCAACUUCGCUCCUGCAGCCCGCAACAGUGCGGCGGCGAUGGAGCCAUCCAGAAUGUCCAAUGGAGGGACAAGUCCGAGCGGAUUGCCGCCGAUGGGCAACUUUGCAUCGCGACCACCGCAUGAUCGAUGA